ACAGUAUUUCAAAGGAAAAGAUCAGGAAAACCUAUCAAAUUGUGGAAGACAUUUUGAAACCAUAUGUAUUAGUCCUGGAAACAACAAAAAACUAAAAAACCGAUCCCUACCAACUUUUAAAUCUUCCAUGUAACAUUUUGUCUUUAAUGUAUGUGUAGCAUGUAUAUGUUCAAUGUUGUAUGAAUAAUAAUCGGUUAAAGUAUGUAUUUAUUUAAAUAUAUAAUAUCUUUUGUUUUUUCUAUAUUAGGUAAAUAAAGAAUAAAUUAUUAUUAAUUUCUUUAGUUUUAUAUCUAAGUUUUUAGAAUUUUAGAAUAAUUUGAAUAUAUUUACAUUUUAACAAAUCAAACCUUAUACUUACUCAUAUUUUGUUGCUUGUGUUUGUAUGUAAUAUGUAUGUAUGUUUGUACUAUGUAUGCAUGUAUGCAUUUGAUAAUUUAAUAUACAAUUUGCUUAUUUAUAUCUAGUAGAAUCAGCUGAAACUACAUUACAUUGGUCCAAUAGAGUAUCACCGUCAGUAUUGAAACAAAUACCUAUACAACAUAAUGAUAAUAUAAAUGGUAUUGAACCAAUGGAAACAUCACCCAAUAAUGAUUUGGAAAUUCAAAAUCUUACUGGCCAUUCAUCAACAGUGAUAUCAGAAAACAUAAACCAAAGAUUUGCCUGUAAGAAGAAUUUGUUCAAUGUUUCUAAGACUGUAAAUUAUGAAAAAUGGCAAAAGAAGUGCCAGCAAAACCCAAACAUCAUUGUUAGGAGUUAUAUAUGCAAACGGCAAUGUCAGUUAACACCUAAAUGUAAAAAGUUAUACUUGUCAAGCAUAAAAUUAACUAAAAAAUUAAAUCGUUGUUCAAAACAAAUUAAAACUUAUAAGAGUAAGGCAAGAAUGGCUCACAAACUUUCAAAAGAUAAUUCGCUUAACCAACUUAUUAAUAAAGUUGAUAAAAUAACAUACGGUUUCAUCAUGUCUCAAAUAAAGAAUCAGUCAAAGAAAGUUCAGGGACGAAGAUUUACUUUAGACGAUAAAAUAUUAGCUCUUUCAAUCUACAAGCAAAGUCCAAAGACAUAUACAUAUCUUUCAACAAUAUUUUCAUUGCCCUGUCGAAAAACCAUUAUGGGGUUGUUAAAAAUUUUUAUUUUUUUGCCUGGAAUAAAUCAACACAAAAUUGAUCAUAUCAAAAAUAGAGUAAAACAUUUAAAUUUAAUGGAUAGAACUUGUUGCUUGAUGUUUGAUGAAAUGUCACUACAACCAGAAUUAACAUAUGACAAACAUGUUGAUAGUGUUUUUGGUUUUAAAGAUUUAGGAUCAAACCAAAGAGAUUUUAAGUUGGCAGACCAUGUAUUAGUAUAA